AUGUGUGUUAUUAUUCGCUGUAUAAUAUUAUUAUUUAUUGGUCUGCUACUUGGUUACAAUUUUAAACAUAUUCAUCGUAAAUUUUAUUGGAUAUCUUAUAGUGGAAUAAAACGGCCUGCUAUUGACUAUGCUCAUUUAAAACAACAAAGUUUACCAAAACAAUCAUUCGUUUCAAAUGAACUACAUUUAAAAUAUUUAAAUGAAUAUUCAACAACUAUUGAUGGUUGGGUUAAUCAUGAAAUUUUGUAUGUUCUGUGGUUGUUAACACAAUUCCAAUAUGGUCGACUCAAAUUAGAUAGGGGUGCUAUUGGUGAAAUUGGUGUACAUCAUGGAAAGUUUACAUGUUAUUUGUAUAUAUUGAGACGGGAAAAACAGAAAUUAUUUGCUGUUGAUGUAUUUGAAAAGCAACAUUUAAAUACAGAUAAAUCUGGUUUGGGUAGCAAAAAAAUAUUUCUAAUGAAUGCUGAAAAAUAUGCAAAUGUUACUUUCGAUCAAAUAGAAAUCUAUUCUGGUAGUUCAUUAGAUCUCAAUUCGAUAUUUUCAACACCAAAUUCAAAUACUGUUCAAUGGUGGAUGAAAUCGGUUGUUGGUGAAAACGGUCUACAGUUAGUUUCAAUUGAUGGUGGUCAUACACCAUUACUAGCAUAUUCUGACCUUUGUCUCGUAGCUAAUUCACUUAUCGAUGGUGGUGUUGUCAUUGUUGAUGAUAUUGCACAUCCUGGAUGGUUGGGUGUGCGAGACGGUGUCAGUCGAUAUCUUAGUGAAACAUCAAAAUUUAUAACUAAUCAACAAUUAAUAAAUGAAAUGACUCUAUACUGUGAUAAACCAAAUUUCAAUCGUUCAAAACAUAUUAUAGAAGAGACGACGCCACCAGUUGAUCAUAAAUCGCAUUGUCUAAGAAUAGUUCCAUUUUUACAAUUUUACAAUAAAUUAUUCUUAACUACACCCAACUAUUAUCCAUACUAUAUUAAAUUACUCUCUGAGCGAAAAUACCAUUUAAAUGGAAAACGAACCAAAUAUAUAAAAUAUCAUUCAUUACGAUUAACUGUUGGAAAUGUUCCGGUAUGGGCUGAUAAUUAUAAAUUAAAUCAGACGGAAAAAAAUAAACUGUUUAAACAACUGAUAGAGCCACAAUGGUAUAAAGAAAUUAUUGAAAAUUGA